AUGAAGCACGUUACACAAUCUUUCACGGAUUUACUUCACAAGAUAGCCAAGGAACAGAAAUUUGUGGACUACAAUCUAGACAUAAAGGAAAUAUCGAGUGGUGGAGCAAACUAUACGUCCAAGUUGUAUGCAGUGAGCAUCAUUGAGGGAUCCAACACACUACGGCUGUUCUGCAAAGUUGCAGCCAUCGGUGAGAAGAUGCGAGCGCAGAUGCAAAAAAUAUACGAGACAGAACAUUACUUUUACACUAAUCUCAGGAAUAUCAUCGGAAAUAUAGAGGGCCAGUGUGGAGUGCCAAACAAGCACAAGUUAAACGUCAGCAAGUACUACGGAAGCAAUAUAAAGAAGAACGAGGAAGCAAUGGUGCUGGAGGACCUCACGGCUUCAGGGUACGAGGCUUACAACAGGUUCAAGUCGAUAGACUGGCCGUACGCGCAGGCUGGGACCAGGGAACUGGCCAAAUUGCAUGCAUCUUCCUUCGCUUACUCUAUACAAGAUCCAGAGGGAUUUGAAAAAGUAAUGGAAAAGUUAUUAUUCGAUUUCAAGAUGGAUGACCCUCAUAUGAAAAUGUACAUGGCGAACAUGGUCAACAAAGCUAUAACAACACUGCAAAAUGAAAAUAAAACAAAACUAAAAAACUAUUAUGAAAAUGUAGAUAUGACAGAAUUUUCUAGAACAUUUAAAAGGAGCAGGCGACUGGCACUGGGCCACGGGGACUUCCGACCUAGCAACUUAAUGCACAAGACUCUUGACGAUGGCACGGUAGACAUUAAGAUUGUGGACCUCCAGACGCUGCAGGGCGGCAGUCCAGUCACCGACCUGAUCUACUUCAUCUUCACUGGCUCCGAUGAGAAGUUCCGCGCGCAGUACUUCGACAAGCUGCUGGACCACUACUACUCAGAGCUCAGUGCCGCCAUGAAGAGGCUGAAGCUUAACCCUGAUGAGGUCUUCUCCCGAGCAGACUUCGACUAUGAAAUGAAAGAAAAGCUGCCUUUCGGCCUAUCUCUGGCUGUCUUCACUCUGCCAGUCGUCACUGUGGAGAUGGAGAAUGCCCCCCAGGUAGACGAGUCCCUCGACAUCUCCAGUUUCAACGUGGAGAAGACCAGCGACCUGUACGCGGAGAGGCUGAACGGAGUGGUCAACGACUACGUCAAGUGGGGCAUUCUCAAAUAA